AUGCGACCGCCCUGUAUGUCGGGCCGUCAGCAGGACACAGCAAUGCGAGACUGUUCGCGGCGCCGUGUAUUCCGCACGCUCCGCACCGACACGCGUCUUCUUCUCCUCCGCCUGCGUCGCGGCCGCCCGGCGCGGCGCGACAUCCUCUUCAUAUUCCUCUUCUUUGCUUUUAUCCUUCUCUUCACUGUCGUCAUCUACGUCGCGCGCCCUCCGCAUGGCUACCUCCAUCGCUGGCGUGACCGCGGCACGGACCGCGAGUCCUCACACUUUACCAAGAACGUCCACAUGUUCCUCCCGCGCCAGCCAGCCCUCGAUAUUGGUGCCUUUACUCCGUGCUCGUGGCUCUACCUAGAGUUUGGAGCCAAGGAUGGCAGGCAUUUGAGCAAUUUUUUCAUCAACGGCAAUGGCUUUCUCGAGGAUUAUCUGCGCGCCACCCAAUCGGCGAGCCACGGAUUUUGCGCGUACGCUUUCCAUGGCCAUCCGGCUAUGGAGCCAUACUUGCGCAAGGUGCGCGCCGAUCGCGGGCGAAAGACGCAUCGCUUUCACGUGUACUCGGGCGUCGUGCCUGGGAGGCUCAACGUCAGCGAGCGGGUGCGGCUCGUGGCGAAGGACGAUCCACGGGUCGUGGAGGAGAUCAAGGUACAGAGCAUCGAUGUGCGGCACACGUUGCGCAAGCUGACGUUUGAAUGGCAAGAGUCUGGGAGGGAGGUAAAGCAUAUGGUCACGCCGAGGGAAAACGGGAAUCGCGGCUCAGUCGUUGUGAGGUUUAAUGUGGAGCAUGUGCGAGAGGCCUUUUGGGAGCUCGGGUUGCUAGAGGCGCAUCGCGGGGAUGGGUUGAUGUGUAAGAGGGUGGAUAGGGUAGUGUUGAAUUUGGAGAAGAUACCGUUGAUGUCGACGGGGAGUGAGGGCGAUAUUGACGAUUCCGAUGUGAAAAGGGCAUGGGGUUCGCUGGUGACUCCGCCAGUCGAUGCCAGGUUUGAUCCCAAGAAUGGGCUAGGGGGGCUCAUCAAGGUUGCCAACGAGAUCAACGAGAGGAAGGGGUGCCGGACGACGGUGCAUGUGAUUGACGAGGCGGGGGGGAUGCUCACGCCCAAGCUGUUGACGGAUCGAGAGGUGCUUUACGCCAUCUUGGCGGGGCAACCGACGUUCGAUGAAAGGGUGGCCGCACAGACAGAGUCGUGGAUGACGGCUGUGCCGCAGGACCGGCUGACCAUUUUUACGAAUGCCAAGCGCAACGAGGAGGAAAUGAGGGCGGCAAAAGGAAGGAAUACGGUGGUGACACAGCCGCACGACCCCAGCUUGGAGCUACGGCUGCCGCUAAUGCAGUCUUGGAGUCAUCUCGUUCGCGUGCGUGAGAGCUGGGACCGGACGAUGAAGCACAACAAGGAUAUCAAAUGGCUAGCGCUUGUCGAUGAUGACACGUUUGUGUUCCCUGGUGGGAUGCGGGAGUACCUGUCCAAGUUUGACGCGCGGGUGCCGUUCUGGGGCGGGUCUGGGGAGCAGGCGCGGAUCGACAACGGGGACAGCGGGCAAUUUGCGGAGUGGCUGCGCGGCUUGAACAAGAAGCACGGGGGCAAGCAUUGUUACUUCCCCACGGAGGACAUGCCAUUGAAACUGCGCGGGUCGCACGUCGAGUACGGGGUGAGCCAGGUGCUGAACGGGCGGCGGAUCGCGCACAAGGUGUCGCACAUGUGCGGAGACACGUUCUGCAAGCUGGGGUGCCCCGCCGUGCCGCAGGGGGCGGCGAUCGUGCUGUCGCGCACGCUGGUGGAGGCGCUGCGGCCGAAGAUCGAGACGUGCGAGAGGGAGACGUCCCAGCUCUGCCGCAACUGCGGGUCGCAGCGGCUGUACAUGUGCGUGAACCGUUACACGAAGGGGGCGCGCACGCUGCUGACGAGGGGGAUUUGCCGGGCGCCGUGGAAGCUGGAGCACCGGGAGAAGUUCCCUUUCGUGUUGACUUUCCAUGGGUUUAAUAGGCAUAGGGGGAUGGCGCUAUCGACUGGCUCACUGCACGGGGACAUGACAGAGCUGUGGCAGCUUGGCAAGCAAUACGAAGAGGGUGUGAAGCAGGGGGUCAAGUCGAGCUACGUGGUGCCGAUGCAGGAGAUAGCAAAGACUAGGGCGUGGAGAGGGUUACACAUGGAAAGUCGAGGGCGAGGCGCAGGCACGGGCGCUGAGGUCUGUACAUAA